AACAGGAAACGGUUUAGAGAGAAAAACUCAUAGACUAAACACCCUGAGGAGGAACUCUGACUCCUGCCUUCGUCUCCGACUGAAAUCAAACUAACACUGAACAAGGAGAACAGAGAGAGAACUGAGCAACUAGACACUGAAACACAGACUGCUGCAGGAGGAAAAACAAGACAAUCAAAGUCAAACUUCACUCUGAGACAAAAUGGCUUCCAGAUCAGACGAUGAUCUCUGCUGUCCGGUCUGUCUGGAAAUAUUUAAGGAUCCGGUUCUUCUGUCAUGUAGCCACAGCUUCUGUAAGGAGUGUCUGCAGAAAUAUUGGAGAGACAAACCAGGAAGAGAGUGUCCAGUUUGUACAAGGAGAUCUUCAAGAGAUCAACCACCUUUUAAUCUGGCUCUGAAGAAUCUCUGUGAGUCUUUCUUACAGCAGAGAGAGCAGACAGCUUCAGAGGAUCUCUGCUCUCUGCACUCUGAGAAACUCAAACUCUUCUGUCUGAACCAUCAGCAGCCAGUUUGUCUCGUCUGCAGAGAUUCAGAAAAACACACCAAUCACAGAAUCAAACCCAUCGAUGAAGCUGCUCAGCAACACAAGAAGAACCUUCAGGAAACUCUGGAGCCUUUAAAGAAGAAGCUGGAGCUCAGGAAGAAAGUUCAGGAGGAGUUUGAUCAGACAGCAGAACACCUGAAGGUCCAGGCCCGACACACAGAGAGGCAGAUUAUGGAGCAGUUUAAGCAGCUUCAUCAGUUUCUAGCAGAGGAAGAGGAGGCCAGGCUGGCUGCACUGAGGGAGGAAGAGGAGCAGAAGAGAGGGAUGAUGAAGGAGAAGAUGGAGGCUCUGAGCAGAGAGAUAGCAGCUCUUUCAGACACAGUCAGAGCCACAGAGGAGGAGCUGAGAGCUGAAGACGUCUCAUUCCUGCACAACUACAAGGCUGCAGUGGAAAGAGUCCAGCGCUGCCCCCUGCUGGAGGAUCCACAGCUGCCCUCAGGAGCUCUGAUAGACCAGGCCAAACAUCUGGGCAACCUGGCCUUCAACAUCUGGAGCAACAUGGAGAACAUGGUGACCUACACUCCUCUGGUUCUGGACCCAAACACGGCUGGUCCAGAUCUCCAUCUGUAUGAAGAUCUGACCAGCUUUAGAAUAGGAGAGAAACAGCAGCUUCCUGAUAAUCCAGAGAGAUUUGAUUGGUGCUGGUCUGUUCUGAGUUCUGCUGGUUUUAACUCAGGGAACCACAGCUGGGAUGUUGAUGUUGGAGACAGUAAAGACUGGAGACUAGGUGUGUUAGAAGAAUCUGUUCAGAGGAAGAGAUACAUAAAGUCUGGAUUGUUGGUUAUUCGGUUGUCUUCAGGUAAAUACUCAGCAUUUUCUCUACCAGCUCCUUCCACUCGUCUCUCAGUCCAGAAGAAUCUCCAGAGGAUCAGAGUGAAUCUGGACUGGGACAGAGGAAAACUGUCCUUCUCUGAUCUGGAUACUAACACACACAUACACACCUUCACACACACCUUCACUGACAAGAUGUUUCCACUCUUCUCCACUAAUAAAACAUUAAAGAUCGUACCGAUGAAGAUCUCAGUGAUCAAGCAGCAGCUCUGAUGAUCUCAGCAUGAAGAUCACAAAGUCCAAAUAAAAACUUAUUGAUCAGAUUGAAACUGUGAGUUUUAAAGAGGAAACUGGAGAUGAUCUGAUCAUCUGGAGAUUCUUCAUCUCUGACUUUCCAACUAUUGUUUCCAUUCUAGCAGAAAUUAAUGUCAAUAUGUUGAAUUGAAUGCUGUCUAUUUGUAGCUGCUUAGUGAUAAAACUGAACUACUGAAUUAAUCUGAAAUGACCUUUUCAGUUACUUCUAAGUUUUUAUUUGUGUUGCUUUGACUAUUUCCCUGAUCAAUGCUGUGUUUAAACUUUCUAUCAUCACUUUUAUUAUUCAGUAAAUACCAGAAAAUACUGUGAUAAUAAUCUAAGUCCAUGUUGUUAUUAAAGGAAGAAUAAU